AUGGAUUCGAAUCAGGAAUUUUCCGGUACGACGAAUCCGGAAUCCAAUUUCCAGAAAUUCGAGAUAGAAUCGUCAUCAUCCCCAGACCACCAAUUCCACUCGAUGAACGCGCUCGAGAUCCUUCGAGAAACCGUUCGAAUCCUCCGGUACAAUCUCGCCGCGUUCAUGCUAAUCGCAUCGUUUCUGAUCUGCCCCGUCUCCGCGAUCCUCCUACCCAACAUCCUAGUCGACCAAUCGGCGGUGAAUUCGCUCACAGUCCGUCUCCUCCUCCUCGCGAGAUCCAGCGGCCUCCCUCUCGUCCCCUUCGUGAGAAACUCGUGCCAGAAAUUCUCCGAGACAGCCGUCUCCUCCGCCACGUGUUUCCCUCUCUUCGUCACUCUCUCGCUCUUAUCACGAGCGGCCGUCGUCUACUCCGUCGAUUGCACUUACUCGAGGAGGAGAGUCUCGAUAAGCAAGUUCUUCGUGAUCAUGCAGAGGCUCUGGAAGCGUCUCGUCUUCACUUACCUCUGGGUUUGUCUCGUGAUCGUCGUUUGUCUCACUUCCUUCUGCGUCUUCCUCGUCGCGGUUUGCAGCUCCUUCUUCGUCCUCGGAUUCUCUCCUGACUUCAACGCGUACGGUGCCGUUUUGAUCGGUUUGGGAUUCUCUGUUGUGUUUGCGAAUGUGAUCAUAUUAUGUAACACGACGAUUGUGAUAUCGAUUCUCGAGGAUGUUUCGGGUCCGUUGGCGUUGGUGAGAGCGAAUGAUUUGAUCAAAGGGCAGACGCAGGUUGGGUUGUUGAUUUUCUUGGGGUCGACGAUUGGGAUGACGUUUGUGGAAGGUUUGUUUGAGCAUAGGGUGAAGAGUUUGAGCUAUGGAGAUGGGUCUUCGAGGAUUUGGGAAGGUCCAUUGCUUGUGGUUAUGUAUUCGUUUGUGGUGCUUGUUGAUACGAUGAUGAGUGCUGUGUUUUAUUUUAGCUGUCGGUCUUAUAGUAUGGAAGCUGUUGAGGCUUUGGAAGCUUUGGGAGGCGAGACUAGGCCGAUUUUGGAAGUUGUGGGUCAUGAUUCGUCGAUUAUUUAA